AUGGCGACCUACGAAUACGAUGAAGCCGGCGUUAUGGCUGCAUACUUUCUUAUCACAUUCCUUGCGUUGGUGCUCGUGCCAUUAACCAUCUCUUUGUUGUCGAGAAAGUCGGAGAAAGUCUCACCAGGGUGUCAGUGCAGUUCGUGUACUGAACACUUCAAACAGAUUACUCGGGAUGAGCGCGGGUUAUUGCCAUCGUUGAGUAGAAAGACUUAUUUGAUUAUUGCUGGGUGGUCCAUUUUCGGGUUCCUUUGCUAUUGGGUGGCUGGGUUGAAGACGGAGAGCAAAGUUUAUAAUCCUUUCGAAAUUCUCGAAAUCUCAUCGGAGUUGUCAAUAAAAGAGAUCAAAUCCCACUUCAAAAAGCUCUCUCGGAUGUAUCACCCCGACAAAGUUAAAGCCUCCGCCAACCAAACACUAGAAGAUAUCCAAAAUAAAUUCGUCGAGCUCACGAAGGCAUAUAAAUCGCUCACGGAUGAUACAAUCCGCGACAACUGGCUGAAAUACAACCACCCUGAUGGACCACAACCGACCUCCUAUGGCAUUGCGCUUCCAAAGUGGGUUGUUGAGAGCAAAAACAACAUUUGGGUUCUUGGCGUGUACGGGAUCGUCUUUGGCGGCGCUCUCCCUGCUCUCGUCGGUCGCUGGUGGUUCGGCAAUCGCCAGAAGACCAAAGAUGGGAUUAACGCCCAGUCGGCUGCGGCUUUCUUCAAGUCUAUCAAGGAGGAGUCCACGAUAGAGGAAGUCGUUGGUACCCUUGGCAUGGCGUAUAAAUGGGAACUCCCUACGACAAAGGCGAAGGAGGGCGCUGAGUUGGACACGUUGGAGAAGGCCGUCGCAAAAAGUGCUGGUGCGCGUUGGGCUGAGGUUCGGAAACUCGCUCAAGACUUUGAUGGGAAGCUGCACGAGGCGAGGAGAAAGGCGCUUGUACUAUUGUAUGUCCAUCUCCUGCGAUUGAAGAUUACGGAUUCUAGCUUGAAGAAAGACCAAACCCAGCUAUUGCUCCAAUCGCCUCUCCUCCUCAAUGCUCUCCUAAAUGUCUCUGUAUCACGCAAUUGGCUUGCGCCCACUCUCUCCGUCAUACGACUACAAGCUUGCCUCACACAAGCCGUCCCUCUUGAUGCCUCUCCUCGUGUACUGUUGACGCAACUUCCUGGCAUCGAGAAGGAAGAUGUCGUGCAACUCCCAAGCAAAACAAAGGAAAUGAUUGACCUCCUGCGUGUUCUAGAAAAGAAGGACGAUGAUCGUGUUCCUGCAAUCAAGAAGGCUAUGGAGAAAUGGGGUCGCGUGGAAAUGGUAGAUGCUUCAUUCAAAGGAACGUCUCUCCCUUCCUCGUCCGUUCCGUUUCCAUUAAUCAAGUUCUGUUCAACAGUCAUUGGAGAAAGGGUGGUAACGCCCUCAUCCAUCAUCUUCCUGGUCGUGAAAUUACGGAUAACACCCCCUGGCUUGUCGACUGAAAGGAAAGAGCUCAGUGUGGACGAGACAAAACGUAUCGUGAAGCUCAAUGACGCAAAGGACGAGGAGUUCUUGACAUCGCGUGCUGAGGCUGAAGAGAUCUCACCGGCAGAUGCUGAUGCUAAUGGUUGGGCCCAUGCUCCCUUCUGGCCUGCGGGACGUAAACCAUCAUGGUGGGUUGUAUUGGGCGAUGACAAGUCCAACCGGAUCGUGGUGCCACCUUCCAAGAUCACAGAUAUCCCCUUCUCGAAUGCAGACUCGGACAGGGAUUACCGUUCGUACAAGAUCCAGUUCCAAGGCCCACCCAGCACCGGUUUGUUCACGUGGAGAGUCUACCUCGUCAGCGAUACUUUCGUUGGCGAGGAGGUCGUCAAGGACAUCACAGCUUCUUUGUUACAGCUGAAAAUUGAAGACCCACCAGCGGUGAACGACCAAGAAUCAGACGACGAAAUCUCGGAGCCGGAUGAGGAUUCGCUGGCUGGUCAGAUGGCUGCUAUGCGUGGUGGGAAAGUGAAGAAACGUCAUGAUGACGACGAGGACAGCGAUGAGGAGAGCGGCACGGACGAUGAUGAUAAGGACAGCGACAGUAGCAGUGAUAGUGAUAGUGAUUGA